CUUGUUCGUUCGAUUAUUAAUUGUCAAUAUGAAUAUAGUGUGUUAAUGUUAAAUAACUUUAUUUACAAAAUAAAUCAUAAACAGCAUAUAAAUGCAUAUCCAUUACCAACCUAGUCGAAAAAUGUAUUAUUAUGACCAUCGUAAAGUAUAUAGAAUUCCAGAUUAUGUUUUAGAAACAAUCUUCUCAUAUUUAAGUUUAUCUGAUAUACGAAAUUGUUCGUUAGUUUGUAAAAGUUGGUGUAGAAUUCUUAGUGAUGAGAACCACGAAAUAUGGAGAUAUCACUGUUAUAAAAAACUGGCAGAAGAAGUUAUGAGAUCCGAUCUUCUAUCAUCAGUUAAAACUUAUAAAGCAAAACUUAGAGCAUUCUUCCAUGCUUGGAGUCCUCGAGAUUGUUCUAGGAAUAUUCAUAUAAAACCGAAUGGAUUUACUUUACACAGGAAUCCGGUUGCACAAAGUACUGAUGCUUGUAGAGCCAAGAUUGGAUUUUAUCAUGGUCGGCACGCCUGGGAAGUUAUAUGGGAAGGACCAUUAGGAACUGUUGCUGUAGUUGGAAUAUCAACUAGAGAUGCGCCAUUACAAUGUCAGGGUUAUGUGGGAUUAUUAGGUUCAGAUGAACAAAGCUGGGGAUGGAAUUUAGUUGAUAAUCAUUUAUUGCAUAAUGGACAAACCCAGGGCCAUUACCCGUGCCUUAAUAAUUGUCCCAAAUAUCAGGUAGGUGAAAGGAUAAGAGUUGUUCUAGAUUGUGAAAUCGGCACUUUGUCAUUUGAAAGGAGUUAUGAAUUUUUAGGAGUUGCAUUUCGAGGCCUACCAAAUAGAAAAUUGUAUCCAACUAUAUCAGCUGUUUAUGGAAAUACAGAGGUGUCUAUGGUGUAUUUGGGACCUCCUAUGGAUGGUUAAUUGUCUGUGGAUUGGACAAGUUACACCAAUACCAAGUGUGAUAUAUUUGUUUGUUGUACCUGUAUUGUUUUCUUUUUAAAUUACCAUUAUCAGUGGUUAGUAUUCAUUCUAGUCAUUUUAACAAUUCAAUACAUUCCUACUAUGUAAGGUUUUUGUUGUGUUAAUUUAUUUUUAGCUAAUAAUUUUAAUUCUAAAAUUAUUUUUAUUUUUGCUCGAUUUGAACAAUCAAAUUGAGCAAAGAUUGUGUAAUUAAUAAAUAUGCUAAAUAUAAUUUGCUUUGUUACUAUAGGUAAAUUAUUAUAACGUAAAAUUCAGACUUCAUCUCAUAAUGUACAUAUAUUUAGUUAAUUGAUAUUAAUUUAGUUGUGUGAAAGUUUAAGUAUGUCAAAUGUUUAAUGUAAGUUUUCAAAGUAUUUGAAUAAGGUUUUGUAAACAAUGAAUCUUAUUGAAAUGUUUGAUUAUACAAGUAAAGAAAAUAAACAAAUUUUAUUUGAAUGAUUAGAAAUCAAGCUGUCUGUGUGAGUUGCCAUUAUAAAAGGCUACACCACAUGUCUUAUCUCUAUUUCUUUAAUGACAAUAUUUUUUGUUGUUGCAAUGGAGAACCAUUGACAAUGAAAUGAUGCAUACGACAGUUAUUUUCAAAUGUCUUGACGGCUCAAUCAUCGGCGCGCUAGGAAGUACCCUCUUUCCUCGCUUCCUGCUCUUAAAUUGCAACAGCUAGCGUGAAUUCAAGAGCCGCCAAGAUAUCUGAAAACUAGUAUACUAGUGUUAUGUUAUACUCCACUUACUAGUGUGAUAAAUGCCUUACUCUACAAGCAGAACGCUUUUACACCAACUAUGUAACAUUUGACAAUGUCUGUUCCCUCAGAAAAAAUGUUGUUAUCCACUUUUCUUAAACUAGAAUUUAUUAUUGCUGAGGUUUGUUUUAUAUAACUCUUUAAAUAACCAAGUUAAAUUCUAAUGAUACACAAAUAAUUCAUUUUUGGUUAUAUAAUUGUAUAUUAGUCGUAUUCUAUAAAAAUGCAUUAAUUUGUACUUAUUGAGCAAUAUCGUGUGAUAAUUUCCUAGCAGAUUUUUAAAUAAUUUAUCUUUUAAUUGUAGGUAAUUAUUUUCGUUUUAUUUGUAAAUGCAUAUCGGAUUCUGUAGACUGAUUCGAAUCCCAGGCGACACUAAUCAAUAAUUAUUUUAUUAUGUCGAACAUUCGUUUGCCAAGAAUGCAUUUAUAGCUUUCCACACAACAUAUGCGGACAAUGGCGUAUUGCCAUUAAAGUAUGUGUAGCCUAUUACGAAUCGAAACGUUAUAUUCUUUUUACAUUGAUAUUGUGUUGUGAAAUAAAACCUUAUAAUAUGGGUAACAGGCAUACAGCUGGAAUGGCGAACCUUUACUUAUAAAUGUGUCUUUUUUUAAAGAAGCAUUUAAUAAAAUCGUAGGCACCUAAUAAAAUAUUUUUUUUAUUGAGAAUAUUUGGCAGAUCUGACAUUAUUAGGAGUGCUUGAAUGUUUUGCUAAGAGUCGUGCCGUUUUGUGUUGCGUGCUAUGGGUUGGCCACCCCUAUUGCAUAGGAACUUACGAAUUGCUUAAGUAUUCCUUGUGUAUUGUUUGCUGUCGCCGGCUGUAAUGUUUGUAAACUUACAGAAAUAAAAGUGUUUAAUUUUUUGUGUGA